UAAUGAGUGCCGUGGUUUUAGUUCUUGUCCAGCUUUAUGUCCUUUAUGAGUCUAAUUUGACUGCAAUCCAACAACAGACUCCACCCAAACCACAAUACAGCAGUGGUGCUCGAGAGCAGAAGCCCAAUAUACUGUUUCUACUAGUGGACGACUUGGGUUUUAAUGAUGUAAGUUACCACGGAAAGGACGGUGGAUCCGCCAUCAAAACUCCUACAAUAGAUGCACUGGCUAAACAAGGUGUCAAAUUAGAGAAUUACUAUGUGCAACCUCUUUGUUCACCAACCAGGAGCCAGCUUAUGACCGGCAGGUAUCAGAUACGCAUGGGUAUUCAACAUUACUUAUUUGAGCACACCAGACCACAAUGUUUACCUGAGGAUGAAGUAACGUUACCACAGAAGCUGAAGGAGGUUGGUUACUCCACCCAUGCCCUGGGGAAAUGGCACCUGGGGUUUUGUCGCAAAUCUUGUUUACCAACCAGCCGGGGAUUUGACACUUUUUUCGGUCUGUAUACGGGUGGAGGAGAUCAUUGGUAUUAUAAUAGAACUAUGGAGAAUCGCCCAACCGGCGGCGGCCAUGAUCUACAUGAUGAUGACCAACUACAACUCCGAAAUGUGAACAAGUAUGAUGGUAUAUACAGUGCUGAGCUAUUCACUUCACGAGCACAGCAAAUAAUAAGACAGCAUCACAAAAGAACGCCUUUCUUCUUGUACCUGGCCUAUAAAAAUGUUCACUCUCCACUCCAAGCUCCAAAUCGUUACACGUCAUUAUAUAAAGACACCAUUGUGAAUGGGCGGAGACGAACCUACGCUGGAAUGGUCAGUGCAGUCGAUGAAAGUGUCCGCAAUUUAACACGAACUCUAAAGGCAAACAGACUUUGGAACAAUACAAUCAUAAUCUUUUCCACAGAUAAUGGAGGUUCUUUAUAUCAGUAUGGUAACAAUUGGCCUUUGCGUGGCGGGAAGAGCGUGUUAAACGAAGGUGGAGUUCGCGCUGUAGGUUUCGUCAGUAGUCCGCUACUUCCAGAAGUCAUACGAGGCACGGUCAACAGAGAACUUAUACACGUCAGUGAUUGGUUCCCGACUAUUGUUCAGAGCAUUGCAGGUGGGCAUAUCAACGGGACCAAACCUCUCGAUGGAUACGAUGUUUGGCGAUCCAUCAGUGAAGGAGCUAAGUCUCCUCGUCUUGAGAUUCUUCAUAAUAUUGAUCCUCUCUAUGACCAAGCUGAGCUUAAUGCUGAUGAUUAUGAGUUCUUAGACUCACUCCCCGGGGACUUCAUGUUUAAUCCCAGCAUACGAGCUGCAAUAAGAGUCGGUGAUUGGAAGUUACUCACUGGAUAUUCGGGUUGUAAACAUUGGCAAAGACCUGCAGAAUCUCCUGGUCUGAUUCCCGUCCCAACGUGUCCAGGCUUCAAAGACCAUAUUCAACUUUACAACAUCAAGUAUGAUCCAAAAGAGACAUGUAAUGUUGCGAAAGACCACAAGGAUGUUGUGUUGAAGCUUUUACGUCGCUUGCAGCACUAUCAAUCAUCUGCUAAACCGGUGUACUAUCCGCCUAUUGAUCGUCGAGCAGAUCCACAGCGGCAUGGUGGCGUCUGGGUUCCAUACAUUGGUGGUUGAUCUUUAGGGCCUUGUCACACGAGGCAACUUUUGCACGCAACUUGGAUGCAACCAACUGCAGUGCAUACUACAUGACCACUUUGGUAUUACACAAGUCAUUUUCCCAACAUUGUCUUACGAUCCACAAGAGAAAUAGGUGAACACUCAAAUGUGAAUGCCUUUUCUUCAUGGAGAUUGCCUGGAACUGGUUGCCUGUAAAUUGCCUCGU